UUCUAGGAAACGUGGAAAACGUAUUAUCGUAAUUGUUAAGAAAUACAAUGUGCUUGCAAGUUUAAUAGAUUUUUUUUUUCAUGCAGGGGAUAAAGAGAAAGAAGGAAUUGAAUAUUUAAGAAAUUUAAUCAAUCAAUUAGGAGGCUGGCCAAUGGGAUUAAUGUUAAAUCCACGAAAUCCUAAUGGCCCAACUUGGCAAGAGAUUGACAAAUAUUAUACAAGACUUACCGGUCGCGCUUCAUUUUUCUUUUUCACAAUAAAACAACACCCGAACGAGUCGAAUUUUACUGUAUUGUCUAUAGGAAGACCGCAAUUGACACUCCCUGUCAGACUUCUCAUGACAAUGACUGACGAAAACAGUCAAAUGGGAAUGUUGCAACACAUUACAACUGUUGUUUCGUCAAUCAAAUUCAACACUUUCAACACGUCUCAAUACAUAGACCUCAAUGCAAUCAUGACAGAUGCCAAAGCUCUAAUUCGACUUGAACUUGCCUUGACAAAGGCAGGAACAAUGGCUCCUUCAAAUAGGUCGAGUCUUGUGAAAUUUGAAAAGAAGCUGUUACCUAUACAUGAUUUUCAAACAUUGUAUGAUGACAAUGUAAUGCAAACUCAACAGUCUAAGAUCGACUGGUUGGAUGUUAUUAACAAUCUAUGUUCAGGAACAAAUAUUGGACCGGUUAGAGAUGAUGUUAUUGUUGUUAAUCCUGUUUCAUAUUUCGUAGCACUAGGACAAAUAUUGAAUACAGUUCCCAAAGAAACCCUGGUAAAUUACGUCCACUGGAGAUUUAUAUACAAAAUGUACAGAUUCUGUAGUGACCGUACAAGGGAACUCGAUCAUACGAUUAAGAAACAGCUUUUACAGAGAACCGAUCUGAAGUCCAGACGGGAAGAUUGCAUGAGAAGAAAUCCGUUUAAAGAGGCGGUAAUAUAUCAGUACCUAUCUAGGUUCGUUUCCGACGAUUCCAUUAAAAAG